CACUUGGGGUCUCCGUUAGGGCCGGGAGUCGCCGCGGGUCGUUGGAUGUGCGUGCCAGCGGGUUCCCGGGAACUUGGGGGCGGCCUCUGAGACCCGGCGCGGGCAGAAAGUUUAUAUUCGCCUUCUGCAGCCUCACCCGCGAGGGCCGCCCAGCGGCUUCCACCAUGAUCAGCGGUGUGUUCAGCGUGCGCAUGUGGGGGCCCGUGGGCUUCCUGACCUCGCUGGCUUACUGCGUCCACCAGCGGCGGGCCGCCGGGGCAGAGCCGCGAAGGGCAGACGGCCAGCAUCCCGUCGACCGGAGUCGGCUGGAGUUGAAAAUGGUGCAGGUCGUGUUCCGACACGGGGCUCGGAGCCCUCUCAAGCCGCUCCCGCAGGAGGAGCAGGCAGAGUGGAAUCUCCAACUAUUAGAGGUCCCACCCCAAACUCAGUUUGAUUACACCAUCACCAAUCUAGCUGGUGGCCCGAAACCACAUUCUCCUUUCGACUCUCAAUACCAUGAGACCAAACUGAAGGGGGGCAUGUUUGCUGGACAGCUGACCAACGUGGGCAUGCAGCAGAUGUUUGCCCUGGGAGAGAGGCUGAGGAAGAACUAUGUGGAGGACAUCCCCUUUCUUUCGCCAACCUUCAAUCCGCUGGAGGUCUUUGUCCGUUCCACUAAUAUAUAUCGGAAUCUGGAGUCUACCCGGUGUUUGCUGGCUGGACUUUUCCAAUGUCAGAAAGAAGGACCCAUCAUCAUCCAUGCUGAUGAAGCAAGCUCAGAAGUCUUGUACCCCAACUACCAAAACUGCUGGAGCCUGCGGGAAAGAACCAGAGGCCGGAGGCAGGCUGCCUCUUUGCAGCCAGGAAUCUCAGAGGAUUUGCAAAAGGUGAAGGAAGGGAUGGGCGUCACCAGUAAUGAUGGAGUAGACUUCCUCAGCCUCUUUGACAAUAUGGCUGCCGAGCAGGUGCACAGCCUCCUGAGCUGCCCAACGCUGAAGAGAUUUGCACGGAUGAUUGAGCAGAGAGCAGUGGACACAGCCUUGUACGUCAUGCAGAGGGAAGACAGGGAAAGCCUUCAGAUGGCCGUAGGCCCGUUCCUUCAUAUCCUGGAGAACAACCUGCUGAAAGCUGUGGACCCUGCCACUCCACCCGGCAAGACCAGAAAGCUGUACCUCUACGCAACUCAUGAUGUGACCCUCAUGCCUCUCUUAAUCACCCUGGGGAUUUUUGACCACAAAUGGCCCCCAUUUGCUGUUGAUCUGACCAUGGAACUCUACCAGCACCGGGAAUCUAAGGAGUGGUUUGUGCAGCUCUAUUACCGCGGGGAGGAGCAGGUGCCAAAAGGUUGCCCUGACCGGCUCUGUCCACUGGACAACUUCUUAAACACCAUUUCAGUUUACACCUUGAACCCAGAAAAAUACCACACACUCUGCUCUCAAGUCCCGGUGAUGGAACUUGGAAAUGGGGAGUGACUGAUUUAUACAAACAGGAUGUGUUGGUUUUUCAAUAAAUGCCUUUACACACUG